GUCGAAAAUGGCAGGACCAAACCAGUAGUAAAACAUAAACGAGAGACUGACUCCACUCCACAUAUCCCCCCUCUCUAUCCAUGGCUGCUUUUUUUUCUUGCCGUUCUAUCCACUGUUUCUCGUCUCUCUUUCCUUCCCCUUCUUCUUCGCUUCCAACUACUCAUUUUCUUCCACAAUUUCUCUCAGCAAAACCAGAAUUCCCCUCUCUUUCCCGUUUCUGCUGCAGCCACGGAGAAUUCCUUGACCGACCCACAAAUUUCUUUCUCCACCCAAUUUUCUUGUUCAGUGGCUUCGAAAGGCCUUUGGAUACCCAAACUGCUCUCGCAACAGUCAGUGUCCUUGCCGCCAUUUCUCUCUCCCUCUUCUUGGGCCUCAAGGGAGAUCCUGUGCCUUGUGAUAGGUGCGCCGGAAAUGGCGGCACAAAAUGUGUGUUUUGCAAUGAUGGCAAGAUGAAGCAAGAAACAGGACUGGUAGAUUGUAGGGUGUGCAAGGGUGCAGGAUUAAUACUAUGCAAGAAAUGUGGAGGUUCUGGAUAUUCUAGACGCCUAUGAGCUUGAGUUCAGCUCUGCAGUCUGCACCAAUCACAUAUUUUUGACCCAGAAACAAAUUUACUGAAGCUUCAAUUCUUUGCCAGACCUUGUUUUAUUCUUUUUCCCCCUCUAUAUUCUGUAAAUUAUUUCCCUUCCCUUGUGUCCAAUUUGUGAUUAUAAUGAAGUCUCCAUGACUGUAAUGUUACUGACUCUAAUACAACUCUUUGUUUGAAUUUGACAUCAAUCAAUUUUUAAAGCCAUCUCCAGCUGGUUAGAUAAUUUCCAAAGAAAA